ACAACGUUUUGCAACACUUUUUAUUCGCGCCUUUUUCCUACAGCACAUUCCUCGUUUUUAUGCUAAAAAUGCAAUUAAAUUGGUUAAAAGUGACUAGAAUAAAUGACUUAAAGAACUGCCUCGUCAUAGCCAUCAUCCUGCCGUCAUAAGGCGGGUCUGAAGAGUGUGCCCAAAAUCAUUGUGAGUGCGGUGCGGAAGUGUGUGUGCGUGUGAAAGUGCUAAGAAAUCGUUUGGUCGCAAGGUACACCAUUCAUUAUUAUUGUAUUUUAGUAUGCUUUGCCCCAUUGUUUGUUGCGAGUUUAUAAGUUUGGCUUCUGUACUUUACCCGCUUACAUACACCCAGACACCCACACAGACACCCCCACACGCACACACUCCAACAUAGUCAUGUAUUAAACUCUCCAGCGAAACAAAUCAAGAAAAUGACUGAUGUAAAUUGUCUUACAAGUGAGCACAUUGCAACAACAACAACGAGUACAGCGACAGCGGCAGCGGAAGCAGCCCAAACCACGAGUCCGCCCAGAACUCCAACCAGAAAUGGACUGGAACAACUGGCGCUAGAGCCCACGUCCCCAUUCGUGCUGCGAGCACCGCCCAGUGCCAAAUCGAAGCUCAUCCUGCAGAACAUGGAGGAAGUCCUCUACUCGGUGAAGCAGAAGCAUCGCGAGAAGCACAAGCGGAAGCGCGAGGAGAAGCGCCGUGCCGCCCUGCUGGCAGAAGCAGAGGAGAGACCGCUCGAAACGGGGUCCAAGCCCCAGCCGCUGCGGGAGAAGGCUGCCCAGGAGAACGGCCUGAAGAAUGGCAAGCGAAAGUCGAGUCCCCUCAAGUGCAGCACCCCCGUGGCCGAGCACCACAGCAUACUGAAGCACUUUCCCAAAGCUGGGCGACCCGAAAAUAGGGCCACAGCACCGCUAGCCAAGGCCAAGAGUGCCACCAAUGUGUUCGAGUUCAUGAUGAAUGCCAGAAACCGAUCCAUAGGCGUCAACGAUGGCGGCAAGGAUGCCUGCGAGUUGCCUGCCGAUCAGGCAGAGGCUGCAGCUCCUGGCACACCCACGUCCAAGCGCAAGCAACUGCUCCAGGAGUGGAACGAACGCAAGGGAGGAGCCAAGCGGCGACUCCAAGAAGAAGCGAGGGAGGAUUACAUCGAUCAGCAAAUGGACCAGCGGGCCAAGAGAUUGAAGAAAAUGCUGACAAAGACUGAGCCAAAGGAGCCGCAGGAGCCGCCACCAGCCGCAUCAUCUGCGCCUACAGUUCCUGUAAAACGAGGACGGGGUAGGCCACGCACACGCCGCUUAAGUUCAGUGGAUGUGGCUGUGGUCCCUAUUGUUCCAACAGAGGACACUGAUACGGCGGAAUUCCUAGCGAAGCUCUCGUCUCCCACCAAGAAGCGCGACAGCCUCUUGGGCUACUUUCCCAAAGUGGAGUCGCCCAGAAAGCCGUCGGUGACGAUAGAAACCCCACCGCUGGAGACACCAAAGCGACGACCGCUGCGUAGGAAAACCAUUGUGGAGGCGACACCCGUCGAUGUGGAAUGUACGGGGACACCCCCGGGUCGCCCGCGUCGCUCUUGUGCGGGAAAGGCGCGCUACGACUACGACCUGGAGACGAGUCCAACGAAGGCAAAGGCAAGCGAGGCAGGUGCCGCAGCAAAGAAGAGCCAAAAAGCCGAGGACUUGUCCAUUGAGAUCAUUGAUCUGGACAACAGUAACCCGGUGAGCACACCAAAGAAGCUGGCGCCGCUCUUUGUCAGGCAGCUGCCCAAGCCCAGUCCGGACCCCUCUGUCCUCAAGGCCCGCCAGGCGUUCCUGCAGUCGGGCGUGCCCGAGAAGAUCAGGCAGGAGCAGAGCCGCCAGAAGAACUUCGAGCAGUACUACGAGGAGAGCUACGAAGUAUUCCCGAGCAUAGCCCACGUGGGCUGUGAGAGCUACGAAACUAUACGGGAAGGGUCUCCUAUGCUGCUUCCAUCGUUUCCACUGAGGAAAGACGAGGGCGAGGAGGUGUCUCUGCCAUCCAACAAGAGGCGCUCCAAGGCUGCAAGUGGCUACACCAGUUGCCAGGCAUCCGACUGGCAUCAGGCCUACAACAAUGGCACGAAGAAGGCGGCGUACACGACUCUGCCGCAGCUGGACAACAAGCGGGCCUUUGUGAAGCUCUGGAAGAACAAGUUCGAGCGAUUUCCCACCUUCAAGUGCUACAACCAAAUGAGGGAGAAAUACCGACACUUCAGCGCGAUCGACUCCGCGCAGGACACGCAGCAGAUGGGCGAAUCGUUUGUGGUCACUCGACGCACGCUGCGCAAGAUGGAGCAGUUCGAUCACGGCAGCACGGAGGAGGCCAAGCCUCCGCUCUCGGCCCCGAACGGCGAGGUGCUCUUCACCGAGAAGUACAAGCCGCUGCUGUUCGAGCAGGUCCUGGUCAAUCUGACGCCGGUGCAGGAUCUGCGGGAGUUCCUCUCCGGCUGGAAUGGCAACGGCGGCCGCAGCUCACAGACCUUCGACGACACCUCCUUUGACUUUGGCAACGACUCCAGCUCGGUGGGUGCCGCCAGCAACACGAUGGUCCUGGUGGGCCCUUCCUCGAGCGGGAAGACCAACGCUGUCAUCGCCCUGGCCAACGACAUGAACUUCAACGUGCUGGAGAUCAAUGCGGGGAUGAAGCGUACGGGCAAGAAGCUCAUCCAGGAGCUGCAGGAGGCCACGCAGUCGCAUCAGAUACGCAAGGACAGCAAGACGGGGGGCGGAUCCUCGCAACAGCUGCUGCAGAAGCUCCAGAAGAGCGGCCUCAAGGCCAAGAAGCAGCAGCAGCUGCAGCAGGGCGAGCCAGCAGGCGUGGAGGCUGUGCGCAAGUCCCUGAUACUUAUCGAAGAUGCGGAUAUUUUGUUCGACAACAUGGACGCGGGCUUCACGGAUGCCAUAUACACGCUGGCGGCCAGCUCGAAGCGGCCCGUGGUGGUGGUGGCCUCCGACCCGAACUGCGCGCACUUGCAGCGGCUGAUGCAGCAGAACCAGAUCCACUUCCAGGCCCCCAAUGCCAUGAACAUCUCCAGGUUCCUGGCCGUGCUGGCUCUCAUGGAGAACUGCCCCAUCGAGCUGGACGAGCUGAUAUCCCUGUACCUGUACAACCAGCAGAACCUGCGCAAGACCCUCAUGGAGCUGCAGUUCUACAUCCAGAGUGGCGGCGACCUCAAGGGCCAGGCUGCUGCCGCCAGCCAGCAGUCGCUGAGGCAGUCUCCCAGCAAAUCCGCCACCCGCCUGGCCACUGUGGAUGGCUGCCACAUACACCAGCGGCUGUUCGAGUUCUUCACCUGCUGCCAGAAUGUGCAGCAUAGGAUUCCCUUUCCCGUGGACUUUCGUCUGCUGCGCCUGAAUCUCUCCGAUCUGAUGGCCGGCUCUCCUCUGCUGACGAAUCAGCAGGCACCUGCCGCCACUAGGGCCAAUGCCAAGCGGAAGUCCCGCUCCCCCAAGAAGGCCUGGCUGAGCAGUGCCACCAGCCAGCAGCGGAAGAGCGAGGAGCCCUCUCCGAUCGCCACUGUGGCUGCCUUCUACGACAACCUCUCGCAGGCCGCUGCGAUGGACGCCAACCAAGACUGCGGCGAUCGCCUGCAGGUGUACCUGUCGGAGGAUAUCUCCCAUACGCUGGUGGAGCAGGCUCUCUUCACUGGCCUAUCGGCCAAGGAGUGUGCCUACAACCUGUUCGACAAGCCAGCACAAAGGGUGACUAUCGGUGAGCACUUUGGCAUUGGCCAGUUGCGGUCUGCCUCCUCCAAGGCGCUCGACUACGAGCCCGUGCUGCGCUCCAUUUGUCGCAGCGAGAAGGAGCGCGUGGGGCAGGAGCGCAAGUCGAGUCGCUUCUAUCACUAUCUCCGCAAUCACACGGUGAACGUGACGACCUUCGCCAUGGACUCGUUCGACUCUGCGUGCAGCGUGUUCCAAGAGGAGGUGGCAGGUGCGAUGGCUGCACCCCCAGCGGGUGACGAUUCAAUAGUCUAGUAUAAUUUUUCGUUAAAUCUGCGGCCGAUGAGUAAUUGCAAUUUAUUUGAUCGAGGUAAGCAGAGUUCUUAGAUCCUCUUAGGCUUAGAUUAUGGAUGGGAUGAGUGUCGUAUCCUAGCUUAAAGUUAUUAACCCUAAUGUACACUAUUUAAAUAAAUCAAUUAUAUGACUUUUA